GGUGCCGCCCGGGCCCCGCUCGGCGAGAGGGCGGGAGAGAAACCGGCAGGGGAGCGUCUUCUUCCUCCUCCGCUCCGCCACCCCGGGACGCCGUGAGGGCACCGGCAGGAAACGGGGCCAGCCCCCUCCCCUCUCUACAUCCGCCCCGAUCCUCUGAGGCGGGCGGCGGGGGGAACCGGCGGGAGCCGUGAGCCCUUCGCCCGCCCCUCUUCUCCUCAGGCUCCGUCCUCUGCCCCGCCCGCCGCCGCCCGUCCCGAGGAGGGAACCCGGCACUUGUUGCUGAGGCGAUGGUCACCGGCCCGGCCGAGUAGGCGAGGGACCGCCGAGCCCGCCCCGCGGGAGAGCACCGCUGCCGCUGUCGUCGAGGGCCCGGCCCCUCCGGGGGUGGUUCCGGGGAUAAUCUCGGUGUGUUGUAUCCCUUCCAGUCUGAGGAGUUCGGUUCUUCUGGGCCCCGGUGUCCCGCCCCGGAUGGUGACGGCGGGCUGAGGGGGUGUUGGGGGGGGGGCACCGCCAGACGCCGCCCGCUCUGCCCGCAGGCCGGGCUCCCGCGGCACAGGAGGAGGUGAAGGAGGAGAAGGAGGAAAAAAAAUGUCCUUCUUCAACUUUCGGAAGAUCUUCAAGCUGGGCGGCGAGAAGAAGAAGAAACAAUACGAGCACGUCAAGAGGGAUUUGAACCCGGAGGAGUUCUGGGAAAUUAUCGGAGAGCUGGGAGAUGGGGCGUUCGGAAAAGUCUUCAAGGCUCAGAACAAAGAAACGAAAGUACUGGCUGCUGCAAAGGUGAUUGAUACUAAAUCAGAAGAAGAACUUGAAGAUUACAUGGUUGAGAUUGAUAUUUUAGCAUCCUGUGAUCAUCCUAAUAUUGUUAAGCUCCUAGAUGCUUUCUACUAUGAAAACAAUCUUUGGAUCCUGAUCGAAUUUUGUGCAGGUGGAGCAGUAGAUGCAGUAAUGUUGGAGCUUGAAAGGCCAUUAACAGAGCCGCAGAUCAAAGUGGUGUGCAGGCAGACACUGGAAGCCUUGAACUACUUGCAUGAAAAUAAGAUCAUCCACAGAGAUCUAAAAGCUGGCAAUAUUCUUUUCACAUUAGAUGGAGACAUUAAACUAGCGGACUUUGGAGUAUCGGCAAAGAACACACGAACAAUACAAAGAAGAGAUUCUUUUAUUGGUACACCAUAUUGGAUGGCUCCAGAAGUAGUGAUGUGCGAGACUUCUAAAGACAGGCCUUACGAUUACAAGGCUGAUAUUUGGUCUCUUGGCAUUACUUUAAUAGAAAUGGCUCAAAUAGAGCCACCUCAUCAUGAGUUAAAUCCAAUGCGAGUGCUUCUGAAAAUAGCGAAAUCGGAUCCGCCUACGUUAGCACAGCCUUCAAAAUGGUCGUCGGAUUUUAAAGAUUUCCUGAAGAAAUGUUUGGAAAAGAAUGUAGAUGCAAGGUGGAGCGCAACUCAACUUCUACAGCACCCAUUUGUUACUGUUACUUCCAAUAAACCAAUAAGAGAAUUGAUUGCAGAAGCUAAGGCUGAAGUCACAGAAGAAGUUGAAGAUGGUAAAGAUGAGGAUGAAGAAGAAGAAACAGAAAAUUCUCUGCAGUUGCCUGCAGACAAGCGUGCGUCCUCUGACCUCAGUAUUGCCAGCUCUGAAGAGGACAAACUGUCGCAGAAUGCCUCUGUCCUGGAAUCUCUUUCUGAGAAAACAGAAAGUCAUGCCAUUGAGGACAAAGCCAGCACUGUAUUUCCAGAUGACAAAACAACUGGAGAUGAACCUGAGGAUGUUAAAUUUCGGAAAACAGCGGAUAACGUACGUGAUGCUACUGCUGUUGGCGAAACGAAAGUGCAGAAUGGCUCUCUGCCAACUGGGGAAGUUGAGCAAGGCAAAAUAUUGUCAGCUGAAAAGACAAAAGAAAGCCUGGAAAAAGCACAAGAAGAUUUGGAACCCCAGAAAGGAGGGAAAGAACUUGACGCUGUAACAAAAUCAGAAAUAAAGGAUGAACCCAACCUAAAAACAGAGAAAGAAAAUGAUGUGGGAGAUGAACAGACGGAAGAUAAUAAACUGAAAAUAGUACCUACGACUGAAACUAAGAAAGAAAAUGAUGUGGGAGAUGAACAGACGGAAGAUAAUAAACUGAAAAUAGUACCUACGACUGAAACUAGUGUAGAAACUGAAGAAGCCAUUUCUAAGGAAACCGGUGAAAAAGAAGAGAAGGAAAGCAGAACAGGUCUCUCAGAAAGUGAGGAAGAAAAGGUCCCUGCAGAAAGUGCUACAGAGCAGAAGAGAGAAAAAGCUGAAGGUCAGCAAGAGGCGAUGACAGACACCACAACGGAAGCUCUGCCCAGUGCUGCAGAUAAAGUGGGUGAGGAAGAAAAGGAACUAAUAAAGCACGGAAUUGACAACAUUAAGGAGAUGGGUGGUAUUGCUGAACCACAGAUCAGUGAUGGGGAUAAAAUACCUGAGACGGAGGAUAAGCCAGUGGAAAGUCAAGCUAAGCAGGUCCAUGAGAUAAUCAGCUCUGAAGAAACUCCAUCGGAAAGCCACGAUGAAGCAAUCACAGCAGACAAGAAACCAGCAGAAAGUGAAAACGAGGAUAUUUGUGUUAUAAGCAGCACAGAGGAAACGGAGAUCAAUGACUCUGGAAAAGACAAGGUAGAGCAGAAGGCAAUGCAGAGCAAGCCUGAGGAUAUUUCUAAUAAAGUGGUGGAUAAACUGACUGAUAUGGAUCAAAAUUCAGAAGAGCACACACCUGAGAAUAUCCAGGAAAACAAUAUUCAGGUAGAAAAAGAACAGUCAGCAGUUACUUCUGAUGAAAUAAUGAAGAAUAAGCUUCAGGAUGCUGCCAGUGAACAAGCUGAUGAGUCCGAAGUCACUCCAGUCCCCAGUAUUAGUAUUAGCACUGAAGAAAGUGAGGGGAAAGUCAAAGUGGAUAAUGGAGACAGCACCGAGACUCUACAGCAGCUGGAAUCAGAGAAUUUGAAGGAAAAUGAUGCAGAUUCGGGCACCGGUUCCACAGCUGAUAACAGCAGCAUUGAUCUGAACUUGUCCAUUUCUAGUUUCCUUAGUAAAAACAAAGAGACAGGAUCAAUAUCUUUACAGGAAACCAGAAGGCAGAAGAAAACCUUAAAGAAAACUCGGAAGUUUGUUGUUGAUGGAGUAGAAGUGAGUGUAACCACCUCAAAAAUAGUUACUGAAAAUGACUCAAAAAGUGAAGAAAUGCGAUUUUUACGACGUCAAGAGCUACGAGAGCUACGGCUCCUUCAGAAGGAGGAGCAGAGAGCCCAGCAGCAGCUCAGUAACAAGCUUUUGCAACAGCGCGAACAGAUGUACAGACGUUUUGAACAGGAAAUGACAAGUAAAAAGCGACAGUAUGAUCAAGAAAUAGAAAAUCUAGAAAAGCAGCAGAAACAGACAAUAGAGCGCUUGGAACAGGAACACACCAAUCGGUUACGAGACGAAGCAAAACGCAUCAAAGCAGAACAGGAGAAGGAAUUGUCCAAAUUCCAGAACAUGCUGAAGAACAAAAAAAAGGAGGUUUUUUGUGAAGUGGAGAAAGCACCAAAAGAGCUGAGAAAAGAGCUCAUGAAACGCAAGAAAGAGGAGCUUGCACAAAGCCAGCAUGCCCAGGAGCAGGAGUUUGUGCAGAAGCAGCAACAGGAACUGGAUGCAUCUCUGAAGAAAAUCAUUCAGCAGCAGAAGACAGAACUGGCCACUAUCGAACGAGAUUGCCUCAACAACAAGCAGCAGCUCAUGAGAGCCCGCGAAGCUGCCAUCUGGGAGCUGGAGGAGCGACACCUACAAGAGAAACACCAGCUCCUCAAACAGCAGCUCAAAGAUCAGUACUUCAUGCAGAGACACCAGCUGCUUAAGAGGCACGAAAAAGAAACAGAACAGAUGCAGAGAUACAAUCAGCGCCUGAUCGAGGAGUUAAAGAACAAGCAAACUCAGGAAAGAGCGAGGCUGCCCAAAAUCCAACGAAGUGAAGCAAAGACCCGAAUGGCUAUGUUUAAGAAGAGUUUAAGAAUCAAUUCAUUAGCCUCUCCAGACCAGGAUCGUGAAAAAAUUAAGCAGUUUGCUGUUCAAGAAGAGAAGAGACAGAAGAACGAGCGACUGGCUCAGCAUCAGAAACACGAAAACCAGAUGCGGGACCUUCAGUUACAGUGUGAAGCAAACAUCAGGGAGCUGCACCAGCUCCAGAAUGAAAAAUGCCAUCUACUGGUUGAGCAUGAGACUCAGAAGCUGAAAGAGCUUGAUGAAGAGCACAGCCAAGAACUGAAGGAAUGGAGAGAGAAACUGAGACCAAGAAAAAAGACGCUGGAAGAAGAAUUUGCCAGAAAACUGCAGGAGCAGGAAGUUUUCUUUAAAAUGACUGGCGAAUCCGAAUGCCUUAACCCUUCCACACAAAGCCGGAUUUCCAAAUUCUAUCCCAUCCCCAGCCUUCACUCCACCGGCUCCUAACUCUGGGAACUGCUGGAGGUUUCUUCAUCUUUGGAAUUCUCCAUCCUCAUCGUCUGACCUGACUUACUCUGUGGCAAACAUCCAAGGAGCCAGCGCCUCUCGUUUUCAGUGGAGACAAUCAGUGUCACCCUCGGUUUCUUGACUUCUCGAACGGAAGAGAAGAGAAAAGGUGUUGGUGUGUGAGGGUAACGUUCUGUCCUUCCCAUGUUUCAAGAAUAAGUGGGGGUUUUAUCUCAGUCUCAAAAAAUAUGUUAUCUUUGGUUUUGACUUUAAGCCUAAAAUAUUAAUUACACUCUUUCUGAUCGCAAACCCAUGGUUUCCCAUGUGAACAUUUAAAAGGUUGUAAUAUUGGUUCUGCUCUGUGUUUGUAAGUGUCUGAGUUCUCCACGAGAGAAUUCCACAACUCAAACUGCCACGAGAGGUUUAAAAUCUUACAGCGUUGAGCAGUGUCUCCAUAGCAAGGACUGGAACUAAUUACUCAGAACAUGCUAAUAAUCCGAAAAACAAACCCUUACGUUUAAACACAAUUGGUAAAAGCAGAAGCCUUUGCAACUUCUUUAAAAAGAAACCUCUGGCAUAAAUUAAACUGAGCUGAUCUCCGUGACACGUUUUGUCCAUUAGUUCCAUAACGAAAUGGGGUGCUAGUUUAAUUAAUUAAUACAGUGCCUGAAACACGUAGAUCUGCUAAUCCUGGCAAACAGGAUGGUGUUUUGUCGUUUCAAAAACCCAACACUCCUUAGCGUUGUCGUUACUGUACAAACCAGAAGAUUUCUUGCUGCUACUGCCAUUUUUGUUGUAAAUCCUCACCCUAAAAUAUUUUGCACUAAAAUAUGUAAAGGUGAAAGAAAUGCUAACUUUAAAAAUGCACAGUUUAUUAUUUUCCUUAGCUAUUACAGGUGGGUAGUUCUACAAAAGGAAAGAACUGUAGAAUGUAUUUUUUAGCAAGCGGUUGAAGGUGCAGGAUGCACGAGCUCUCUCUGGUCCUGCCGCGGGCAGAGCCGGUUUCCUCUUCUUACCAAAGCCCCUUCCUUCAAACUCCGGCAGAAAAGCGGAGGUGGAUGCUCCUAUUUAUAAAUAACCAUGGCUAAAGUCCCGUUUGAUUACAAUUCUUAGAUUUGAUUAUUAUUUUUUUUUUAUUUCAGUCAUUUUAUUUUAUAGAAAGAUUUAAGUUAAAUAUAUAGACAAACUACUUUAUGAUGCUGGGUUGGUUUUUUUGUUUGCUUUUGUGUCUCUGCGUACUAACACAGGCAGGUGUUAUUUUUUGAGCUGGUAGAUGUACAAUAAGUUAUUUACCCGCCUGAUCUGCAGCGGGGAGACAAAUCCCCAACAUUUCCUGUAGCUGGUGGGGAAAUGCAGCUGGAGGAGGUGGCUUCUCCUUUUUGAUGGUUGGAAUUGGAGUUGGACCAAGGCCGUGUCCUGGGCUGCCCUUGGCUCUGCUGGAGCUGGGGUUGGAGAACAGUAUUUGCUUCCUGCAGUGGGAAGCCCAACUCCGUCCUCUCUGGGGAUCCCCUGCCCAUGGUGGGUUUCGCCAACUCGUGCUGGGUGAAGGCCACGGGAGGGUCAUUCCACGGGAGGGUCAUUCCAUGGGAGCAGUGGUCGAUCCACAGGAAGGAACUCCCAAACGGACACAGGACUGGAAUGGGAUGUGGGUGAAAUCUCGGAUGCUGAAAUCCUUGGACGCUUGAACCGAUAACCUGAUCUCAAUGAAGACACUUAAUUUACAGCACAGUUAAAAAAAAAAAAAAAAUUGGAAAAUGCAUGUUUUAAUUUAAAUUUUGUAACUUUUUGAUAGCAUAAUUACUUUAAUAGCUAGCCUUAAUUUCUGGCAUUUUAUUAUAGAAAUGUGUAUUGUGUACUGUUGUAAAUUCACAGACCAUAUCUCUAGAAUGUUCUCUGUUGCUAAAUGCAAAGUUCUUUCAGUUGGUUUUUUUUUCAAUAGGAUGAAAAAUGUCUUUGAAGGCCUUUUACUUUUUAAGCUCCACCGUCAUAAAUUCACAUAAAUUACUAAAAUAACAUUAAACAA